GGUGACAAGGCAGGACAUGAUCUGAGCAAGCUACGCAUGAAGAGGUCCACAGUUUUCAGCACUGGGGUGAAAGUGUGUCCUCAGGAGACGAUGGCAGAGGUCAUAGCCAGCCACCGGGCCUACUACAGGAUGAGAGUUUGUCAGGAGGCAGUGUGGGAGGCGUUCCAGAUCUUUCUGGACCGAGUGCCAGACACCGUAGAGUACCAUCAGUGGGUGGAGGCCUGUCAACGGGACUCUCUCUGCGUAGAUGGCCUGGCCAAAAACUUCAGCAGCAACCAGGAGCAUCUUGACAUGGUGGCAAAGAGAGGGAAUCCUACAGUGCUCCAACUGGGAAGUGGUUUUGCUUUGGCAACACAGAACCCCGGUGGUGAGAAGUGUUCACAGACACCCGCCGAGCUGUUGAUAAUUGAAUCUGAAGAGAACACAGAAGCUCCGAACUUCAUUCCAGAGGAACUGGACGAGGAGAUAAUAGUGGAGUUCAGCUUGACCAUAGUGGAACCAGGCUAUAGUGAGCUUCUGGCUGAUCCUGACACCCCCCAGUACCACGACAUAACACAGACUCUCUAUGAGCAGAUGGUACACAUCUUGGACAAACUUCCUGGAUUUAAAGAGAUUCGGAUGUUGGGAUUUCGGCCUGAGGAUGUCUCAGUGCAUUAUACUGUGGUCUUUGAGUCUAAUGGCCAUCCCACUGAGGCAGGCACAGAAGAGGCUGAGCCCCCCACCGAAAUGGACUUGAGGGAACUCGUUGCCCAAGCCCUGAGUGCAGACACGUCACUUCCAGUGGACAUCCAUUCACUCAGUUUUGGCUCAGACACCAUGCCCACUCAGAGUGGGGAAGAGCAGGGGGCUGCCCCUGGCGGGGAUGGAGUAGAGGAGACACCUCUGGUGGAGGCCACAGAGGAGGGGGCUGAGGAACCUCCUGCUAUGACACCCAUAGCUGUAACAGAAGGAUCUGAUACAACACCUGAGGAAGAUUUAAUGGUAACAGCACCUAUGGAGUUUGAAAUAGCCCUUGAACCAGCAACCGUCCCGCCUCCAACAGCCACAAGUGAGGAAGCCAUCAUACCGGAAGAGAAAACUACUGAGGCCCAUGAAACCACAGACAUCCAUGUUGUAGCGAUCCCAUCUGAAUCCAUAGAAACCAUAGAGAUACCUGCAGUAACUGAAUCAGUACAACCAGUAGAGGCCCCUUCAGUACCAACUAUUCUUGAGUCUGUAGGACCUGUAGAAGCUCCCUCAGUCCCUACCACACCCAGGCAGGACCUGCCCAUGAACGUCCCUUCUGUUGAAACGACGAUCCAACCAGUUGGACCAGUAGAAAUUCCCCCUGAACCUGCUGUCUUAGAACCCGUAGAACCCAUAGAGGUCCCUUCUGAGCCCGGCUCAACUGCUGACACUGGACCCUCAGCCAUUCCUGAAUCACUACAAGAGGAGGAGGGCCAGGAAGUCCCAGACCACGCCCAGGGCAUGCAAGAGGAUGUGGAACAGGUUGAGACUAUAGACUUUGGCAGUGGGGAUGCCCUCCAGACGAAUGAGGCUGGUGACGCAACUGGGCCUCCACGACUCAGAAUCCUGACCACGCCAUCCAUGGUGGCAUCCAACCAGGCCAAUGAUCUGGUGGUGUUCUUUAGCUUAAGAGUGACUAACAUGAUUUUUUCUGAUGACCUGUUCAACAAGAACUCUUCAGAGUACAAAACCCUGGAGAACAUAUUCCUUGAGCUGAGACAGUUCCCCGACCCUGAGGAGACUCCAAAUCCUGAAGCAUCCACUAAAUCGGAAACUGGAAGGACAUUAGCCUCAUUACCGCUUCUGCCAUAUCUGCAAUCAAAUAUGACAGGAUUCAAAGAGCUUGAGAUUCUCAACUUCAGGAAUGGUAGCGUGGUGGUGAAUAGCAAGAUGAAAUUAGAGAAGCCUGUUCCCUAUAACCUCACUGAGUCCGUGACCUGCGUGCUGGAAGAGUUCUGCAAUGCCGCGUCCAAACGUCUCGACCUAGACAUUGACAGCGACUCCCUGGAUGUCAAAGCUGCCGAUCACGCCGAGCCGUGUAAGUUUAUGGCCUGCAACGAGUUCUCCCGCUGUGUGGUGAACGCGUGGUCCAGGGAGGCGGAGUGCCUGUGCGACCCGGGCUACAGCAUGGUGGACGGCCUGCCCUGCCAGAGCAUAUGCGCUCUGCAGCCUGACUACUGCCAGAACGAUGGCCAGUGCGAGAUCAUCCCUGGGCAUGGCGCCACCUGCAGAUGUCCGGUAGGCAAAUUCUGGCACUAUCACGGAGAGCGCUGUACAGAGGCGGUGUCUCUACCCAUAGACCCAUUCCUGCUGGUAGCCUGUCUGGUGGGUGGCCUCGUGCUGGUUUGUGCGGUGAUAGGCCUGUUGCUACUCAUAAACAAGAAAUGUAUACGGACCAGAAAGACGGUGACUUUGGUGCAUACUCAAAAUGUAUCUCCAUAUGAGAACUCAAUGAGAGUUAAUCCAGUGUUUCAGAGUGAUGAUGCUGUUGUAACCCAAGUGGCUAGAAUACGCUACCCUUUGGGUUCGGAAGCGGGUUCUUCCCAAGUCCCUGAACAAGCAACCUUUCACUCAGUUGAAAACAUACACGUUAGCAUUGAGAUCCCCAGACAGCUCUACACCACAAGAUCAGACAAGCUAGUUUCAGACAUCGUAGAUUUCCAUCAGUGCAUACCACAUAAUGAGACAUGGAGGCUACCCAGCGAGUAUCGGCCAUCUUGUCGCCUUCUUAGGGGAGCCGACAGCGAGGGCUUUGAGGUGACUGUAUUAUGAUGGUGGACCUGAUUGACAGCGCAAUACAGGAACCAAAGGUCUGUGCUGCUCCUCACUGUGUUUGGACCCAGCUGGACCUCUUUGGCUGAGGGGGAAACAGAAGUCAAGGGACAGGACUGGCUGAGAAUGGAGAUCUCGCAUCAGUAACCCAGUAUUUGAACUAAGAAGAGAAUGCCCUUCUAAUCUUAAUUAUGUACUGUACACUGGUCUGAAACAUUGUUUCAUUGCGUUCACAUACUGUAUGUGUUACUGGAGACUAGGAAUGUUGUGUCAAAUACCCUUGUCAAAAAGGUUGUUUCUCUUCCCUCACAAUGAGGUUUUAUACACGUCGGAUACACUUGCUGGUAUCGUGACUGGAGACAAGAAGAUGUCUAGCUAUCUAACCUUCAGUCUCCCAAAAAUAAGCUGAAUGUACAAUAAGCCGCUUGUUAUUUUUCUUACUUGCUAUUUACAUAAAUACGGUCUUAAAUGUACCUUAAUAAAUGCCCAUGUAUUAAAUACCCCAAUAUAAAUGCAUAUAUCAUACUAUUUAAUGCCAUGAUAAUAGUCCACUCUUCUCUCUUGCUCCUCCCAAUCAUGUGUGGUGAUCAUAUCAAAACACAUUUGAAAUGUGUGACGGGGUGGUAUUAAUGAUUUUAUACUUUUUUUCAUGUGACAAUAAAAUAAGUCUUUUUUUUAUCAAA